AAUUCAGGAAAAAGUCCAGAAGUUUGGCUGCUGGACAGGAUGCUACAUGAACCUGUAGACACAUUGUAGAGUUGAUCUCUUCCCAGAUUUAGACAUUUAGUAUAGUCAGCUGCAGAGGACAAAGUUUUAUAUUGUUUUCUUGUUGCAUUAUGGACUUGUCUGUCACGUUGAUUUUAGCGGGGCUUAUCAUGGCUUUGGUGUGGCUAUACAGCCUGAAGAGUCGUAAACACAUAGGGUUACCUCCAGGACCGUUGGCUCUGCCGCUCAUAGGAAACCUGCUGCAGAUGGACAAAAAAGCUCCAUUUAAAACUAUGCUAAAGCUCAGUGAAAGCUAUGGCCCUGUGAUAACCGUGUACCUGGGCCCUCUGCGCGUCGUGGUCCUGGUGGGGUAUGAUGCUGUGAAGGAGGCCCUGGUAGACCAAGCAGACGACUUCACUGGCAGAGCACCUGUUCCUUUGUUGAUGCGAGCUACCAACGGCUAUGGUUUGGGGAUCAGUAAUGGAGAGCGCUGGCGGCAGUUGCGACGUUUCACCCUGACAACGCUGAGAGACUUUGGGAUGGGACGCAAAGGAAUGGAAGAGUGGAUCCAUGAGGAGAGCAAACAUCUGGUUACACGCAUAAAUAGUGCCAAGGCCACGCCCUUUGAUCCCACCUACUUCUUGAGCUGCUCCGUGUCCAACGUGAUCUGCUGCUUGGUGUUUGGUCAACGCUUCAGCUAUGAUGACGAACACUUCCUGUCCCUUCUGGAAAUAAUCUCAGACACCCUGGCAUUUGGCAGCAGUCCCUGGGGUCAGCUGUAUAAUAUCUUCCCUUGGUUGAUGGAAAGGCUGCCAGGUCGACAGCACAUAAGGUUUGCCAAAAUUGAGGAGCUGAAAGAGUUUAUUAUGAAAAAGAUCCAGGAACACCAGGACACGCUGGAACCCAGCUCACCCAGAGAUUACAUCGACUGCUUCCUCACGAGACUCAAACAGGAAAAGGCCUUUCCCACAACUGAGUUCAACUAUGACAACUUGGUGUCAACAGUGUUCAAUCUGUACCUGGCAGGAACUGAAACCACCAGCUCAACUCUCAGAUUUGGACUUAGCGUGCUGAUCAAAUACCCUAAAAUACAGGAGAAGAUGCAGCAGGAGAUUGACACUGUCAUUGAACGGGAGCGUUUACCUUAUAUGGAGGACAGGAAGUCCCUGCCAUUUACAGAUGCAGUCCUUCAUGAAAUUCAACGUGUUCUGGACAUUGUCCCCAUGAGCGUCCCUCACUACGCACUCCACGACAUCUCUUUCAGGGGUUACACAAUUCCCAAGGCUACACUCAUAAUUCCCUUGUUGCAUUCUGUGCUGAAAGAGGAAAAGCAGUGGGAGACUCCCUGGUCCUUCAACCCCCGGCACUUCCUGGACCAGAAUGACAAAUUCAAGAAAAAUCCUGCAUUCCUGCCAUUCUCUGCAGGAAAGAGAUCUUGUGUUGGAGAGUCCCUCGCUCGCAUGGAGAUUUUCCUCUUCCUGGUGUCUCUUCUGCAGCGUUUCACCUUUUCCUGCCCCGGAGGACCUGACAGUGUAGAUCUCAGCCCUGAGCACAGCAGCUUCGCCAAUGUUCCUCGCAGGUACCAGAUCAUUGCAACGCCCCGGUGGUAAUGACACAGCAUAGUUCCGUGUUUUCUACCUUUCCUUUUCUCACAGUGCAGAAAAUACAGUGCCUUGUAGAACAAGUUAAAAAAUGUCCAUCUAAUCAAUAGGAACCUGCUCAUUAUUGCUUUAACUAGUGUUGCUAGUUAUGUUAAUACAUGUCUUGUUCAGGGCCUUAAUUCAGCUACAUUAUAUUACACUUACAGUUUAUUGAGUGAAACGUCCAAGAUGCAAUUUCUGUGAUUGAAUAAUACAUCAAAUGUAAAAAUUGUAUUCAACAAGAUGAUUUUAGGCUCAACCAUGGUCUAAAGCUUUAUUUUAUUUGCUUUAUUUUAUUUUUUGUGUGUGGCAUUUUUAAGCCUUUAUUAGAUAGGACAGCUUAGAUGUGAAUGGGGAGAGAGAGGGGGAGUGACAUGCAGCGAAGGGCCAUAGGUUGAAACCGAUCCCACGGCUGCUGCGGUGAGGACUGAGCCUCUGCAUAUGGGCGCACGCUCUACCAGGUGAGCUAAUCAGGUACCUGGGCUAAACCCUUUUUACCAAAGAUUUAAAAAAAAGCUUUCUCGCUUUAAUAUGUCACAAUAUAAGAAUACACCGUGCAAACAAAGUUUAUCUUCUAAUAAUCACACUUAAAACAAGAACAAGCCACAGCGUCAUACUGUAAUUAUGUGCGUUUACCAUCUUAUACAGGGUUAUGUUCAACGACACAUACAAUAACCCCCCCACUUGGAUGCAGUUAAGUCCACUUUGCACUCUGUCCUCCUUACUAUUGCUAUUAAUUACUGACUGCAUCGGCGCAUUUUGCCACAAGAGGGCACUUGUACAACAGUCAACAGCCUUUCCAACAAGUAUCAACUGCAUUUUGUUUUCACAUCUUGAGAUCUUCCUAAAAGUGUGUUUUUGUAUCAGUUUACAGCGUUGUUUUGUGUCAUUUUUUGUGUUCAAAAAGAGAAACAUGAAGCACAUGAUAAAAACAUAAAGCCAAUUGGAUACGAAUGUAUGAAUAGAAUUAAGUUUAAAUUAUAUUGCUGUAUUAAAAA